UGGGAGACCAGAUAUAGUGAAUGCAGGGUCCGGGGAGACCAGAUAUAGUGAAUGCAUGGUCCGGGGAGACCAGAUAUAGUGAAUGCAGGGUCCGGGGAGACCAGAUAUAGUGAAUGCAGGGGUCCGGGGAGACCAGAUAUAGUGAAUGCAGGGUCCUGGGAGACCAGAUAUAGUGAAUGCAGGGUCCGGGGAGACCAGAUAUAGUGAAUGCAUGGUCCGGGGAGACCAGAUAUAGUGAAUGCAGGGUCCGGGGAGACCAGAUAUAGUGAAUGCAGGGUCCGG